AUGCGCGCACAUUUGUCACAACUGUGGCAAACGCGCGCCCCAACCGAUUCGCAUCUGCACACAUACUAUUUUUUUGCGGUUCUUCGGUUUGUUUUGGUUUUGGUUCCACAAAAUGGAUAUGUCCAUCCCGAUGAAUUCUUUCAGUCUGUCGAGGUGAUGACCGGGGAUCAUUUUCGCUUGGAGCACACUCGCACCUGGGAGUUUAAUAACACAAUGCCGCUAAGGAGUAUAACGCUGCCAUUUGCUUUGCUGCGCGUGCCUUGGAGCUUCUACGAGUUCAUAGCGCUUUAUGUGCGUAUGUGGUGUGGAAUCGAGCUGGUGAACAGCUACGCUUUCCUCGUGUUUCCACGUCUUAUCUACACAUGCCUCUCGUUUAGCAUCGAUUGGUGUGUGUAUCGCAUCUGUAGGCUUUAUGGACUGCGCUACGAGAUCCGUUUGCUAGCGCUGGGCAGCUCAUGGGUGCUGCUGGUCUUUGGCACACGCACCUUCUCCAAUACAUUGGAACUGGUCAUGUGCUCGUGGCUGCUGUGUCUGGUUGCCGAGUGCAUGCUAAAGACCAAUACAAUUGUGUACAAAAAGGAGUAUUUGGAGGAGAAGUACGACAAAGCUGCCUCGAUUAGUGAACGGGUCAAGAUAUGGAAGCUGAAGAAUGCACUGCCUGCGCACAACCUGCAGUACCUUUUCGCCAUGUCCAGCAUUUGUGUGGCUGGUGUCUUUAAUCGUCCGACAUUCUUGCUCUUUGGCGCACCAAUGGUUUUCUUCUGGCUGCUGCGCGGAAUGGGCACAAGAACGGUGACAUUCCGGGACUUCAAUAUGCGCAUCGGUCUCUUCUGCCUCUGCGCUCUGCCCACUCUGCUGCUCUUCAUAUUCUGCGACUCUCUCUACUACCAGCACCUGACCGUUGGCGAAUUACACAUGUUGCAGCUGGGGAUUGACAACUUUGUGUUCACACCCUGGAACUUUGUUAAGUACAACAUCGAUUCGACUCAAACGGCCAUGCAUGGAGUCCAUCCAUGUUAUGUACAUCUGUUGGUUAAUAUACCAAUGCUGUUCAAUGUACUUGGCGUAGCGGCUCUUGCGGCAUUUACUCAUCUUCUUCUGCGUUUCUUUCACGCCGAAUAUCAACUACUGCCUCGUUUCCAGAGCAUUGUUUCCCUGAUGUCUGGAGCGAUAUUUGUGCCGCUCUUCUUCCUAUCGCUCAUCAACCACCAGGAGCCGCGCUUUUUGCUGCCCAUCACGUUUCCAUUGCUGCUGCUGCACGCCCCAAAACUUAUCACAGGCUUCAGCCCGGCAUAUCCCUUUCAAACGGAGCAUCCGAUGUUGCGCUGGAUCUACGAUCGUGUGCUCUGUUCAAAGGCGUCGGCUCCGCACCUUUUGAGAAUCUGGUACAUAGCCAAUGUGCUGUUGACCGUGUUCUUUGGCUUUAUACACCAGGCUGGUGUAUUCCCGCUCGCUCAGCACAUGGCACAUGUGGUGGCGACGAAGCCAACGGCCACACAUGUGCAUCUGCUUACCUCGCAUACAUACAGUUUGCCGUUGCAUCUCGUGAACGUUCCUAGCUCGCGGCUACUCCACUUUAACGCUCAAACCCAUCAGCGCUAUCGGCGACAGCGUGACUUUUACUUGUACGAAUACGGCGGCCUAGAACUGGACACACUGUUGCACAAAGUGAAGCUGAUUAUAGGAAAUUGCGAGCUGCGGAUGUCCGGCAGUCAACGUAUACGUUACAAGAUGUAUCUAGCAAUCCCAGCCUCGCUGAGUGGAUCUCUUCAUGAAGCGUUUCAGCGUUCGAACUCCAGUACAUAUUUAAACUUCGAGCUGCAGUCCGUCUUCUAUCCGCAUCUGUCGACAGAGGCAUUUCCGCAGAUGCAAGGACGUCAUCCCUGCGAUGUCGAUGCUCCACAUUGGGCGCAUGAUAAUCUGCGCGGCACUUGUGAUGUUGAACAGGCCCCCUCGCUGCGGUUCUCCUACCUAACUCGUCAGUUUAGCUCGUUUGUUCAUCAGUUCGGUUUGGCACUUUACGAAAUUGAUGUGCGGCGAAACUUGCCGUUGCACUCACAAACGCUAGACUUGGCCCCAAAACAGCCAUCAUCAACGUGAAGUCUGGUUACGGCAUUCCAGUGCAAAUGUACAAGUAUGUGUCUUAUUUAAGUCCUUAAAGCUGAGUAUAAUGUAAGCCUAAGCGUUGAAACCAAAGUAUGAAGUUCCACUCAUUUUUGUAAGUCAUAUAAGCUGUUGUGCACAGUUUCGUUUAACGUAAGGCCUUCUGUUUGAAAGUCCUUGUACUUCAUUUUUUUAUUGAUCUCAUUAUAAUGUAUAAUUAUUAUC